GCGGCGUUAUUACUGAGCUGUAUUAGCAGAGUGUUAGUUUCCCAGCUUCUUGCAUUUGUUUUACCUGCUGCUGUUCUCAAGUCCAUGGAGUCGCUUCACGCCCGAUUGUUUCCUGGUCUCUCCAUCAAGAUUCAACGGAGUAAUGGCUUAAUUCACAGUGCCAAUAUAAGCACAGUGAACUUGGAGAAAUCCUGUGUUUCUGUAGAAUGGACAGAAGGGGGUAACACCAAGGGCAAAGAGAUUGAUAUUGAUGAUGUGGUUGCAAUAAACCCAGAACUCUUCCAGAUUCUUCCCUUACACCCGAAGGACAAUCUGCCACUGCAGGAAAAUGUAACAGUCCCGAAGCAAAAACGCAGAUCAGUCAACUCCAAAAUUCCAGCUCCAAAAGAAGGUCUUCGAAGCCGUUCUACUCGCCGCAUGUCCACUGUCCCAGAGGCUCAGAUUGCCACUCAGGAAAAUGAAAUGGAGGUGGAGCUGCCUGUGACUACAAACUCUCGCAAGCAGUUUUCAGUUGCCACUGGCCUCCCUAGGCCCUCCUGCCCUACAGUGACAGAAUUACCAUUGUUGAUGGUCAGCGAGGAGGCUGAAGAGCAAGUCCAUCCCACCCGAAGCACGUCUACUGCAAACCCUGGGAAUUCAGUCCGGAGGAAAUCAUGCAUUGUGAAGGAAAUGGAAAAGAUGAAGAACAAGCGGGAAGAGAAGAGGGCCCAGAACUCGGAAAUAAGAAUAAAGCGAGCUCAGGAAUAUGACAGCAGCAUUCCAAACUGGGAAUUUGCCCGGAUGAUUAAAGAAUUCCGGGUUACUAUGGAAUGUCACCCACUCACUGUGACUGAUCCCAUCGAAGAGCACAGGAUCUGUGUCUGUGUUAGGAAGCGCCCGCUGAAUAAACAAGAACUGGCCAAGAAAGAAAUCGAUGUGAUUUCUGUUCCCAGCAAGUGUUUCCUCUUUGUGCAUGAACCCAAAUUAAAAGUGGACUUGACAAAGUAUCUGGAGAACCAGGCGUUCUGCUUCGACUAUGCCUUUGAUGAAACAGCUUCUAAUGAAGUUGUCUACAGGUUCACAGCAAGGCCACUGGUACAGACGAUUUUUGAAGGGGGAAAAGCAACCUGCUUUGCCUAUGGGCAGACCGGCAGUGGGAAGACUCACACAAUGGGUGGAGACUUGUCUGGUAAAUCUCAGAAUGCAACCAAAGGGAUCUACGCAAUGGCUUCCCGGGAUGUCUUCCUUCUGAAGAGUCAGCCUCGCUACCGGAACUUGGGUCUGGAGGUUUAUGUGACGUUCUUCGAGAUCUACAAUGGGAAGGUGUUUGAUCUGCUCAACAAGAAGGCCAAGUUACGUGUCCUGGAAGACAGCAAGCAGCAGGUGCAGGUGGUGGGACUGCAGGAAUACCUGGUCAACUGUGCUGAUGAUGUCAUCAAGAUGAUCAACAUGGGCAGCGCCUGCAGGACUUCUGGACAAACGUUCGCCAACUCCAAUUCCUCCCGCUCCCAUGCCUGCUUCCAGAUUCUUCUUCGAGCCAAAGGGAGAUUACACGGCAAAUUCUCUUUGGUGGAUCUGGCAGGGAAUGAACGAGGGGCUGACACUUCCAGCGCUGACCGGCAGACUCGCAUGGAGGGUGCAGAGAUUAACAAGUCUCUCCUAGCUCUGAAGGAGUGCAUCAGGGCACUGGGACAGAACAAGGCUCACACCCCAUUCCGUGAGAGCAAGCUGACACAGGUGCUGAGGGACUCCUUCAUUGGGGAGAACUCGCGGACUUGCAUGAUCGCCAUGAUCUCACCAGGCAUAAGCUCUUGUGAAUACACUUUAAACACUCUGAGAUAUGCAGACAGAGUCAAGGAACUGAGCCCCCACAGUGGGCCCAGUGGAGAGCAGCCGAUUCAAAUGGAAACGGAAGAGAUGGAGGCCAGCUCUAAUGGGACCUCGGCAGCAGUCAAUUUCUUCAAGGAAGAGGAGGAGCUGUCUUCCCAGAUGUCCAGCUUUAAUGAAGCCAUGACUCAGAUCAGGGAGCUGGAAGAGAGGGCCAUGGAGGAGCUCAGGGAGAUCAUACAGCAAGGACCAAGCUGGCUUGAGCUCUCAGCGAUGACCGAUGAGCCAGACUAUGACCUGGAGACCUUUGUGAACAGAGCAGAAUCUGCCCUGGCGCAGCAGACCAAGCACUUCUCAGCCCUGCGAGAAGUCAUCAAGUCCCUGCGCCUGGCCAUGCAGCUGGAAGAACAGGCUAGCAAACAAAUAAACAGCAAGAAAUGGCACCAGUGAUGACCACAAAUAAAGAUCUGUUUGCUAUCACAGCAGCCUCUUCCCCUCCCAGCAAACCUGGGACCUUCUAACUUUGGUUAGGAACUAAGUUGGAUGGGUUGUGGUAAAUACCGGGUAAGGGGGCCUUAGGCCCAGGAAAGCUAGAGGAGGGAUGCUCUUCUCCUCCUCAGUUUGGAGCAGGAGGAAGGAGCUUUUCAUGACUGUUCUUCCCGUCUUCCUCCCUGUCGGGCGGGAGAGCUGUUUGGCUGGUUUCCCUGGUGCAGCGUCCUGGCCUCCUGAACAGCUGCUGAUGGAGACCCUGCGAGGCCCAGGCUUCGGGAGAGAAAUCUGUCCUUGUCCUGCCUGCUUCUGCUGCCUCUGAUCUGAGCAUGCUCAUGUUUUAUGCUU